UGGUUCCUGUACGUAGGGUAUAAUCUCUCUUUUAAUUUUAUUUUUCGUGUUCAAAAUAUAUUAGUAUGGCAACAUUGGUUUUUUGAUAUUUACAACAUUUUGUUAUUGUAAAAAUUAAUAAAAUUGAAGAAUGAUUUAAAUAUUGAAAUAUAGCUAUAUAUUCAGCAAAUAAUAUAAAACAUAUCAAAAAAAGAAUUAGUGAAGUGUUAGUGGAUAUAAAAGUGAAAAAAUAAGUGUAUAGUUUAUUUGAAAUCCAAAAAAUACGUACUUUAAAUAGUUGAAAUUUUCAACUUUCAACGUAAAUAUCUCGAUAUAUUCUUGAUCUGAAAGAUCUCUUUUAGCCGCCCAUACCCGUUUUAUCACCGAAAGCCUGGUACGGUAUACCAAAGCCGAACCGGAAAUUUUUUGACUCCAACUCAACACAUGGAAAAAUGUUACCUUUCGGUACACAGCCUAUGUAUAAAAGUCAAACGUAGAUAUGUGAAAGUGCAAACACUCGAUUAGUGUUGAAUAACUACCACUUUUAGUUGAAGUACGGACUACCAUAUGAUGAACCUGUGAGUAAUAGACGUAAAUUCUCGUUCUCAUCUAUUUAUCUAACUUUUUUGAGUGAUUGGGAAGUGUCGAAAAGCGCUUUUGAUAUUAAAACGAAGAACAAAUGACACUUAAAUUACCUUUAAAAAAGUAUAGGUGAAAAAUUAUUAGAAAUUGUAGAAUCUAAUAUGAAAGGUUCAGUGCAAGUAUUAAAAGGGUGUACAUUAUUUGAUACGUUAUGUGCCUUCGAUUGAGUAAAAGUGUAACUGGUUCCAUUAUUUAUCUACAUACGUACAUACGAUAUUGUGUCGUAUACACAUAUUACAAUUUGUGAUAUUGAAAAAAUGCAGAGGAAUGCAAUUUAGGACACGCAAACAGCCUAUUUAUUUAAUACAUUGCGGAUGUCCCCAUAAGCUGCAAUAGUAGGAUUUGAUUUCAAAUCAAUCUAUUACUAAAUAGUAAUUACCAAACAACAAAUAAGUACAUAAUCGAAAAGUGUAAAGAGAAUUUAAAGUUAAACAAAAAAUAUGCAAAUUAUAAAAAAUGGUUCUUAUUUAAGAGUGUCUUGUGCAGUUUGCUCUAAAUAAACAAAAGGAGGAAAAUAGAUUUAUUAAAAUUUAUCUUAAAAAAAUUGGUAACUUUAGUUAAUUUUGCAGUCUGAUUAAUUGCGAGCUUUCGAAUUUGCUUGCGUCGACAACUCUAAUCGGAAAGAACAGCAGCAAUAAAGCUGUUUUGCGCACGGUUCUAUCAUAAAAAUAUUUUAAAUUUGUUAUAUAAUGAAUUUAAAAGGACAAUUUAAAAUUGUCAAUUUUUAAUUUGAUUGCUGUUUCGAACCAGUAGCUGUAGUUUAUGAUUACAAGUUCGCAGAUACACAUGGUGUCUUGUAAUAAUGCUUUCAGGGAAUACCGAAGAGUUGCGGCAAAAGUUUACAAUUGUACAGCAACAGCGUUCAGCCCCGUCAACAUUGCCGGUGCCAAAUUUUGCGUUAUUGCAACAAAGAAUUACGACGUACGAUCCUCUACAUGGAGCGCAGAAAAUUCCUUUGCAAGAACCCGAACGUACCUAUGUCUUUCCCGGAGCUGUAAAUACUGGCGAAGGCAUUAUUCGUAGUAUGGCGACAGGUAUACCUGGCGUGGCUGUGGUAUCUGCGCCCUCCCGUAAUCUCAGCGUUGAUACAACUAGUCGCGGCCAUAUACGAUCCGUAAGCCAUGGCGGUGGUACCAUUUUGGGUCCGAGUGGUCGGCCAAUAAAAUCAGCUAUGAAAGGACAUCAACGUGCUUUUUCACAAGGUCAAAUUACAGAUUCACCUGGUACGACUGAUGCCUCACGCGGUCAUAGUCGUGUUGGUUCGAAAACAGAUUUUAUCCUCCCACCUGGUCACAAGGAGGAAACUGAAACUCGUGAUUUUGGGCCAUCUGUUACAUCGUCAUCAGGUGGCCGAGGUCAUUCUCGGCAAGCAUCACGCUCGGAAUCAAUAUACACACUGAGGCGCUCCGAAACACCACCUUGGUGGAAGCGUAUAUUAGUUUGUCAUAGUGAGAAAUUAGAUGAACGAAGUUAUCGAAUAGUUAUACCUAAUCAUACAGUUCCACCAAAAACUCCAAAACGCGAUCACCCGAAUGGCGAUUUCGUGGGUAAUAAGAUCCGCACCACAAAAUACACUUUACUUUCGUUCAUACCGAAAAAUCUACUCGAGCAAUUCCAUCGUGUCGCGAAUUUAUAUUUUAUUUUUAUCGUAUUACUAAAUUGGUUUCCGGCUAUAAACGCUUUCGGUAAAGAAGUUGCCAUGAUUCCAGUUCUGUUUGUGCUUGGUGUUACAGCAGUUAAAGAUUUAUUCGAAGAUAGACGUCGUCGUUCUUCGGACAAACGAAUUAACAAUACGACAUGCCGAGUUUAUGACAGUGAAACGGAGCGGUAUAAAAAGAUAAAAUGGCAAGAUGUUCGCGUUGGUGACCUAGUUCAUUUAUCAAAUAAUGAAACGGUACCAGCAGACAUAUUACUUUUAAGAACUAGCGACUUGCAUGGCGCCUGUUAUAUCGACACUUGCGAUUUAGAUGGGGAAACAAAUCUUAAACGAAGAGAAGUUGUUCGCGGUUUCACCGAUAAACAGAAUAUUUUCACCCCUAGUAAAUUCGUGAGCCGUAUCGAAGCUGACGCACCCACCACAAAGCUUUACAGAUUCCAUGGAGCCUUAAUAAAUCCGACAGGGGAGCGUAUUCCGAUUGCAACUGAAAACUUGCUUCUGAGGGAGAGUCGCUUGAAGAACACUGAUUUCAUUGAAGGGGUCGUGGUAUAUACAGGCCACGAAACAAAAUCAAUGCUUAACAACAGUGGGCCUCGCUAUAAGCGUUCGCAAGUCGAGCAGCAGAUGAAUAUUGAUGUGAUAUGGUGUGUGAUAAUUUUACUGAUAUUAUGUAUUGUGGGCGCAGUUGGCUGCAAAAUGUGGUUAAGCUCUUUUGAGCAAUUUCCUGUACCAUAUCUACCUUUUGAUGUUCAUCCAAACUACGAAGGUCUGUUGACUUUUUGGACAUACAUUAUAAUAUUGCAGGUGAUGAUUCCAUUGUCUUUGUACGUUACCAUUGAAUUAUGCAAAAUUCUGCAAGUUUACCAUAUUCACAACAAUAUUGACUUGUAUGACGAGGAUACAAAUAAAAAAACAGAAUGCCGUGCGAUGAACAUUACUGAAGAGUUAGGACAAAUACAGCAUAUAUUUUCAGAUAAGACAGGAACACUGACAGAAAAUAAAAUGCUAUUUCGACGAUGUGUUGUCAAUGGCAUAGACUACGCUCAUCCGCCUUCAGAGCUGGAACGAUUGCAUUCAAAGCCUGGAACACCAGCUCCACCGCUCAUAACAAAUUCCACAUUAUUAAAUGAUAUGCUAGAAUUAAUAAAUUCUGGUCAGUAUUUGUCAUCAAAUGCCCAACGGCUACAGGAGUUUCUUUUGGUAUUGGCAAUUUGCAAUACGGUGAUAGUAAGUGCCACACCACAUCAUGAUUUGAUGAAUGCUAGUGGUAUAAUUGAGGUUCAAGGAGCAGCCAGCAGUGAUUCAGUAGUACUAAAAAAUGUAAAAGACAACCAUGUUCCUUUACAACAUAUAACACAAACAGAUUCAUCUUCUUCAUCGUUAACUAUAGCUAAUAAUAAUUUAGCAUCUGCAAUACCAAUUGAUCGUUAUACUCGCUUAGCUGAAUCACGUUCCGUAACACCAUCACCACCACCAAACCUUGCCUAUGUUUUACCAACACAGACACAUAUACCAUCGUUAUCCCCAAUAAGCAGCUCAGCAGAGACUACGCCUACUUCUGAAUCACCUCAUAUGAAAAUAAAGUCAUUUUCAAAUAGCAUAUCACCGACAGGACGAGCGAAAGCAGCGAUAAAUUCCAAAAUAAGUAGCCUUACUUCAUUCCUGAAUGUAAGGGUUCAAACAAAAAAAUUUAAGAACAAGUUAAAUCAAACAAAAAUUCAACAAUCAUUUAAAACGGCUAACGGCAGACCAUUGUAUGAAGCCGAGAGUCCAGAUGAGCUUGCGCUUGUAAAUGCUGCUUACAGUUAUGACUGCUGUUUAGUCAAUCGAAGUCCAAAUCAUAUACUAGUUAGCAUUCCUAAUUCUGGGAUGGUGGAGUAUGAAGUUUUAAAGGUUUUGCCAUUUGAUUCGAGCCGCAAGUGCAUGUCAAUUGUUGUGCGCCGUACAGGAACACAAGAAAUAGUGCUUUACACAAAGGGCGCUGACAGCUCUAUUAUGCCCGUAUUAGUAUCAAGCGCUUCAAAUACGCCAGAAGGUUUGAUACGAGAAAAAACUCAACAGCAGUUGGACCGUUAUGCUCGUGACGGUUUGCGUAUAUUAGUUAUGGCAAAACGAAUAUUGAAUCCCGUCGAAUAUACAGAAUGGUGGGCACACCACGAAGAAAUUGAAAUGUCGUUGGAGAAUAGAGAACGACGCAUUCGUGAUUCAUUUGCGAAGCUGGAAUGUAAUUUGACAUUACUAGGUGCUACAGGAAUUGAGGAUAGACUUCAAGAUGGCGUUCCGGAAACGUUAACUGCUCUGAUUUCGGCUGGUAUAUCGGUGUGGGUGUUAACUGGCGAUAAGCCAGAAACUGCAAUAAAUGUUGCUUAUUCUGCCAAACUUUUUACUCAACAGAUGGAGUUAUUACGUCUAACGGCUCGUUCGCGUGAUGCUGCGGAGAGUGCAAUUAAUUUCUACCUAGCUGAUUUUGACAACAGCAAAUCAUUAUAUGAUACACAUACUCGACUAAAAACACGUGCUUUGGUUGUCGACGGCAAAACAUUGACUUUUAUCCUGGAUUUACGAUCGAAACUCAUAAGACCUUUCCUGAAAUUGGCUAAAAGCUGUGCUUCUGUGUUGUGUUGCCGUUCGACACCUCUUCAGAAAGCAUAUCUGGUUAAAGUGGUAAAAGAUGAGUUGCGUCUAUGUACUUUGGCAAUUGGUGAUGGUGCGAAUGAUGUUUCAAUGAUACAGAUGGCAGAUGUUGGCGUUGGUAUUUCCGGUCAAGAGGGUAUGCAAGCUGUUAUGGCCGCUGAUUUUACGUUAUCACGGUUUCGCUACUUGGAACCUUUAUUGUUAGCUCAUGGAUACUGGUGUUACGAUCGUUUGUCGCGCAUGAUACUUUAUUUCUUCUACAAAAAUGCUGCCUUCGUGUUCUUAAUAUUUUGGUACCAACUAUACUGUGGCUUCUCGGGCUCUGUUAUGAUGGAUCAAAUGUAUCUGAUGUUGUAUAAUUUAAUAUUUACGUCUCUGCCGCCGCUUGCCAUAGGUGUCUACGACAAACGCGUGCCUGAGGAUUUUUUACUACGAAAUUGUUUUUUAUACAAACAUGGUCGUUUGGGUCUUGCCUACAAACCGCAUGAUUUCUGGAUAGUACUAUCAGAUUCGUUAUAUCAAAGUUUAGUGGUAUUUUUCAUUGCCUUAUGCGCCUACGCGGAAAGUGAUGUUGGCAUAUGGGAGUUCGGAGCAACCAUAACAGCUUCCUGUUUGUAUACGAAUUUAGUCCAUGGUGCACUCGAAAUUAGAUCAUGGACUGUACUGCAUCUGCUCUCUAUUACCAUAAGUCUUGGUUCCUUCUAUGCUUUUUCUGUUAUUUAUAAUGCAACUUGUGUAAAUUGUUUUGGACUACCUUCUACUUAUUGGGUAAUAUUUCGCUGUUUAGGCUCUUUACUUCAUUGGCUUGUGAUACUUAUAUCGACAUUGGUGGCUGUUUUGCCUAGGCUGCUAUUUACAACAAUUAAAAACUCAUUAUUUCCUGACGACAGUGCAACAGUUUUGCUGCAGAAAAAAAGAGAUCGGAGUAGAGGUGAGGGUUUGUUAGUUGCUUGGUCAAGGUCAACAUCAGCUUCAUCAAUUUAUAGAAUCGCCGAUUAUGGGUCUAAGAAUCAAAUUAUAACGACUAUUUCUUGAUAAACGCUACCGAAGAGGAUAUUUUAUACAACAAAGGUUAUCAUCAGGAUAUUUAGUGCUGAUCAAUAUUUGGAAAACAAUCAUAUGUAAAAAGAGUUAUUGAAAUACAUACAUAUAUAAUGGUGCGAAAGUGUAGUAUUAAUAUAUACAUGUGUGUGACUGAGUUAGUUAAUACGUAAGGUCAAUAGUAUGUUCUAGGUUCGUUUCUGUUAAAGCUCUAUUAUAAUAAUAGCCUAAGGCUAUGUAAACAUUUUUAAUCCGUACUAAAAGUUAUUUUUAAUUUUUAUUGUAUUAUAGGCUAAAUUAUUCAAAUACUUAUAUAUUUUAAUAUUAAAUUCAUUUGUUUUAGGUGAAUAUCUUAAGGGUGGUUUUCAGAUCACAGUCUAUUAUAAUAAUGUAAUAUAAACUAAAUUUAUUCUGUUCCAUCAGUAAUUUAUUUUAUUAUGCAAUAUUAUCAAGGCUCUGUAGAGUAUUUUCCGACUAAGUCACCAUAUAAAGAUAAUCCAUUAUCAUACAUUUUUUUUUUAAAUAUUAUCAUCAGUUUAUUGUUUUUGUUAUCAACAACAUUUAUAUUAACAUUUCCAAAACUAAGCAGGUUAGUAAAAUUAUACCUGUGAGAAAAUCCUCAAAUUUGAUGAUUUUCUAAAUUUGUAUGUAAUCAAGUUUAAUUGUUCAUCAUUACGAAAUUUGAAUAUAUUUGUUUUUGCAGCUUAUAAUCUUGUUUUAUUAAAAAUAUUACACUUUUCAAUUUUCAAUAAAAAUUAAAAUCUUUAUUCCCCUAAUUUUGGCGAUUUUUUUAGUUCAUUUUUUUUUUUCUAAGAAUUUCAAACACUAAACAAUUAACUAAUAUAAUUCGGUUCGACUAAGUUCUUUAUUCCAGAUAUGUAACCAAGCAAUUUUCUUUCAAUUUUAAAUGUUUAAUAUAAACAGAAAGAACAGAUAGAUGUAACCUUAAAUAUUAAUAAUUUCGUAAUUAUAUAUAUGACUGUAUAUUGAAAUAUUAAAGCAUUUGUAAUUUGUUUGAACAAAGUAUUUCAUGUUUAUUUGCAAAGUAUCAAGUACUUUCGAUAUUAUAUUUAAUUUUGAAAACCACGAUUUUCUGACCUAACCUUCUGGCUAUAAUAAAUGUCAGAUAGAACAAUAUAUAACUCAAACAAUAAAUGAAAAAUCGGCAAAAUGAGCAAGGUUUAUACCUUGCUCAUGAAUUAACAAUAAUUUUUAAUCUCAUAUAUAAUACAAUCCAUUUUAUACUUAAAAAAUAUCAAAAACUAGCUAACUACUAAUAGGUCUUUAGUUUUUAAUGCUUCUUAAGGAAUUUCUAAAUAAUCAUCACCUAAAGAAUGAAUGCAAUAGAUUAUAGCGACAAAAACGUGUAAUGUGAAAAAACUUUGUAGCUGAGGCUGUGAUGUGUGCACUCAUUAAAGAAUUACAAUUCUAAUUGAUAUAAACAAAUAAAAAAACAUGAAAUAAAAUUUUUUGUAAAUACACAUAUGUAUGUAUAGAAAAGAGCUGAUUCGCGCAUGACAAUAUGUAGACGUUAAAAAAUUUAAAGAGAAAUUACAAUUUUUCCAUUUGCGUUUUUCUACUGGAAAUAUUUAUUUAAAUUAGUCGUUUACUGCGUAACUCGUAUCUACAUAUACUGUAUAUAGAUCGAAUUGAAAGUAUUAAAAAGGAAAUAGGAAGUAGUUUAAAGAGCGAGUAGUUUAAUUAUAUUAGUACUAAAUCGAAGCGAAUCUUUCGAAGAUUCGCUCUAAUUAAUUAGUAAUGCUAUUUAUCAUGAUUAAACUGUUAAACUGAAUAAAUAAAAUUAAUGUAUUUUUAAUAUAAACUAAAAA